GAUUGAUUUGCGAGUUAUACAUUCAAAUGGCACAGUUGAUAAAGUAAAGGUGGAACACUCGAUACCGGAUUUUAAUUUUUGUCUUGUACCAGACGAUAUAUCUUUACAUAUUAAGCUUAUUCGCAAUAUACCGGAUUCUUCUACGUGUUAUAUGAAAACUCCUCCGAUAUAA